AUGACAAUAGGAAGACAUUUAUGGGCAGUUAUUUUAUCCAUCGGUGACGGUCAACGUGUAUACCUAGCAAACUUAAGCAGUCUCUAUUCGUUUCAGUUGAAAAAAGAACGCGGUGCUUUUCGAGUCCUGUGUGAUAAAUACGUCACUGAAGAUACCGGCACUGGUAUUGUCCAUCAAGCUCCCUACUUUGGUGAAGACGAUUUUCGCAUCUGUAUGGCCAACGGAAUCAUCAGGAAAGAUACACCCAUGGUGUGUCCGGUCGACCCUUGCGGUCGUUUCACAGCCGAGAUCACAGAGUUCGCGGGCAAUUAUGUAAAAGAUGCGGACAAAGCGAUCUGUCAAGAGUUGAAACGGCGUGGUCGAUUGAUUCACCAAAGCACAAUCAACCACAGUUAUCCAUUUUGUUGGAGGUCGGAUACACCACUGAUUUAUCGUGCACUGCCCACAUGGUUCAUUCGCGUGCAACAAAUGGUUGAUCAGUUACUGGAAAACAAUGAAAAAUGCCAUUGUCUGAAGAUAUGUAUUUCUGAUUGA